GCCCUUAGCCCCCAACCCGCAGCCCCAAGCGCACCCCCCGAAGCCGUAGGCGCUCAGGCCCGUCUCGCUUACCUCGGCUGGGCUUCUGCCCAUUAGCCCAAGCGCGGGCUCUCGCCCUUGCCUUCUUUUUACCCCCUUUCAUGCUGGUGUCACGCCCCCCGUCCCGCUCCUCUCCUAAGCCCCUCUCGCAGCCCCCAUCUCAAUACGAUGCAGUCUGCGAAUCUCGCGCUCUGCACUGCAAAGUCUGUCGUGUUUGCGUGACUAGGAGCAUCGUACCGCUAGCGUAAUUCCCCCUCACCUCUCUGUCUCGCUCUCUCUCGCGCGCUUCGUCGAUUGUGGAUUGAUCGACCAUUCGGCCCUCGAUUCGUCGAGCUUGUUUUCAGCGCUUCUGCCUUGCCUAGCUGAGGAUUGAGCACCUACCUAUGUCCGCUUCUGGCCGAGCGAGGCCGCCUCGCGAGACAGAGAGCGAGCACUAGCGGCGAGCAUCUGUUGCGCAGCCCCUGUGUUGGUGAGCGACAUCUUGGAGCUACAGGCCGCUUUUUCCCAAGCGAUCCACUGGCCGGAUGUGAGCAGUAGAAGGAGAUAGAGAAGCGGACAGAGACUUCGUGUCCGAGUUGUUGCCUCUCCCUUCGUCGAGAACACGAAGUACGAGCUCUUUCGGAAGAACAGUGUGAAGUUGUGAAGAGGCAACGGAGCUUUAGAGUGAGUGCCGCAUGUCGCAGGAAUUGAUCGUCUCUAAAGAGUAAUUUUGAGGAGGAGGAAAAGGAAAGGGUUUUGUCACAUCGGGCUUCAUCACGGAGGAGGAGGAGCAGGAAGAGGAGGAAAAAUCGGGCGGGAAGAAAAAACUAGUCUGAUAAUCUGGACGGGACGGGACGGAAGGUCUUAAGAUAUCGAGCUGCUCGGAGGACGAGGGGUCGACCUCGAUGGAGGACCCUGAUCACGUGAGAGAUUGCACUCGAAGACAUUUCUAUGAGCCCAUGAACAAGGUGCCGAGGUAUCGUUACUGGACAGUGUCUGAGAAGCAUGGGAAGGUUGGAGACGACGAGGAGGACGGGGAGAGCGGGAUCGGUCUGCUGGGAGCCGAUCAGAUACUGGCAAUCAUUCAGCAUUUGCCCAUUCAGGCCGUGAUAUCGUUUGGCAUGACCUGCAAGAGGUACAAGGCGAUUGCGGAGACUGACGCGCUGUGGCUCAACAUUUGCAAGCGCGAGUGGGGCAGCCGAGCCGUCGAAGCAUGGCCCAGCGCAGGGCGCCAGAAGGCCGGAUGGAAAGGCCUCUACCGGCAGAUGGUCGUCCUCGGAGCCGCAGCCUGGCAGCGAGUGCAGCAAGGGCCAGUCUCGCCCACGCCUCGAGCCUCUCACACCAUGAAUGUCGUCAAUGGGAGGAUCACCAUUUUCGGUGGUGGCUGUGAUGGGGGGCGGCACUUGGACGACACAUGGGUGGCUCCGGUGCCUGAGCCGAUCUGUGCACCGGUGCAAUGGCAGCUGGUGUGUUCAGGCCUACCUUCCGGCCGGUUUCAGCAAAGCUGCACUGCUGUUGGAGACGACCUGUUGCUGUUCGGGGGAAUAAACGAUAAAGGAACCAGGCUUAGUGAUACAUACAUCAACAGUGGGGGAAUGGUUGCAGGGGAUGGAGAGAGGCCGCGAUCUCCCUGGCGGCUGCUGGAUGUGAGUACAGCUCCACCUCCUCGAGGAGCUCAUGCUGGAUGUUAUGCCGGCGAUAGGAAGGUAGUCAUUUUUGGAGGUAUUGCAUCUGACGCAACGAGGCUCGGCGAUACGUGGAUCUUGGAUCUGGCUGCCACUCCACUCUGCUGGCAAGAGGUUGUGACUCCCACUUCUCCCCAACCGAGGGCGGGCCACACUCUCACUUGGGUCGGCGGCAAACGGAUGGUUUUGUUCGGUGGCCGAGGAGCCAAUUUUGAGGUAAUGAAUGACGUCUGGAUGCUGGACUUGGAGGAAGAGUAUCCUUCGUGGGUGGAGCUUCAAAGCAGCAUGCUCCAACCCGGGCAUGAUCACCCAGGUCCACGCUCGGGCCAUUCUGCCACGCUGAUUUUCGGAGGUAGAGUCCUCAUUUUUGGAGGAGAGGACUCGAGGAGAGUCAGGAAGGGAGAUGUGUGGGUGCUGGAUCCCAGCAUGGCCCUUCAAGCUGGUUCAGAUAAAUCGUCCUACCAAGGACAAGGAGGAUUCUCCAGAAGUAGAAGCUCUGGGAAUUCGAGUAGUUACAGGUACUCUCGACGCCUUUGGAAGAGACUGAAGCAGUCGGGCAGACCUCCGAGCAAACGAUCCUUCCACGGAGCCUGUGCCGUAGACUCCGGGAAACAUGUCCUCAUCUUCGGUGGGAUGGUGGACGGCGAGGUCAAUCCUGCCACUGGCGCUGCUGGACUCGGAUUCGACUCGGAGCUUCACAUACUGCAGUUGGUGCCGUGAAGAAGAGCCGAUGGUUUUCGUCGUCCUUGUUACCACAACCUGCAAAACACAGGGCUUGGACUGGGUCCCAUGGUUGGUCAAUUGACGAGAGUGAACGCGACUCCACCAAUCGAUCUUUGUGGAGAGCAGGUUCGCCGGAUGUCGGUCGUCAGGGUAAGAUCUAAGCACGUGUAUUGUUUGUUGGGCUUCUGGAACCCGAUAUGAGCUAGUAUGAUGCAGGAUUUAAGCCUAUGAUGGCGGCCGCCAGCUUUAGUGCUGCUUGUGAAUAUUUUAAUAUGACGCAGCUUAUCAGAUUGGCAUCCGUCUACAGGUAAUAUGUAAAUUAGUGCCGUGAGCCGAGUUCAUCGGUCCAGGCACACGAGGCAUUUCAUCGAGGCCGAACAAUCUACGAGGUCCGCUUUUGUAACAGCCGAUCGACAGGCCCUCCCAAGUAUCAGCUUUGUAUCUUCUAUAGACGGUUAGAUAUCAUUUGUACAUAGAAUAGGCAUCGGAGAUGACGCCGAUGACUUAGGUGUCAUCUGCUUAUACUUUCCAACUGUAGGCACACUUUUAAUGAAAUGGCAAAGGUUGAAUUCGUUUCAUUCCUCUCGGAC